UGACAGAACAAGUUUUGCACCUUCUCGCUCCUACCUGCAAGUGAGUUGGAUCACCGUUAGACAGCACUGUUCCCAUCAUGAAGACCUUCAUUGUGUGGUUUCUGGCUCUUAUGCUGAACUUAGUGUCCUCUCAGACAUUCCACUGGGGUCCUUGUCCGACACCAAUGGUCCAGCCAAACUUUGACCUGAACAGGUACCUGGGUAAGUGGUAUGAAAUUGAAAAGCUCCCAGCAUCCUUCGAGAAAGGAACCUGCAUCGAAGCCAACUACUCUCUAAGACCUGACAAGACCUUCAAAGUACUGAACGUGCAGACGUAUAAAGGAAAGGUGAGGAGUACAGAGGGCACAGCGGUUGUGCAGGACACCAAAGAGCCAGCCAAGCUUGGAGUUAGUUUCUCUUACUUCACCCCCUACAGUCCGUACUGGGUGUUGUCCACCGAUUACAACAGCGCGCUGGUUUACUCCUGCACCGAUGUCUUGCGGAUCUUCCACGUCGACUUCGCCUGGAUUCUGGCCCGCACCCGUACUCUCCCUCCAGAGACCGUCUACCACGCCAAGGAGGUCUUCUCCAGGGAGAAGAUCGACGUCAGUCGAAUGGCUCCCACCGAUCAGAGCAAAUGUGAUGGUGGGAUUUAAAUGAAGAAGUGAUUAUCACCUAUAACGUCGACUACAUCAGUUACAUAUUUAUACUUGCUUGUGUUUAUGUCAUAGUACUCAGGAUGGAAUACAUGUUGUAUCAAGGAGUGUAGUUGUACUGCCUGUUGUCUAUAAAAAGCUCCAUAAUUUAGAGUACACUUGUUUUAUUUCUAUAUAUUUGCUUGGAUUGUGGCUGUAUACUUUAAUAUUAAAACUAAUACUGGAAUGCACAGUAA